AAGCUCAAACGCUUCUUGUAAAAUUUCCAAGAACAUUAAAAAGAAAAAGAAAAUAAAUAAAAUAAUCAAAAAAAUGAAUGCCAGAUUCUAGUUUCUAUUCCUAUAAAGCAAAGAAACAAUGAAGAGGUUGACAGUCCGAGAAAUCGAUGGCUUCGUUGAUUGCUGCAUAAACGAGAACCAGAGCGAUAUAAAACAAAGAACAAGCUGCGAGUCAAGUGCAUUAAACAGUAAACGAAUGAAAGUCGAUAAAGAUUCUUCAGAUAUUUCACUCAUCAAAUCGCCAACUUCUUCUGAAAACUCUUCUGACCAAGAAGGUACAGCUGUCGGGAUAGUAAUGGCUGCAGGAGACAGUCCUACGGACGAGGAGGGAGAGGAGGAAAGAGUUAAGAUGUUAUCUCACGGUUUGAUAUCGGUGAUCGGACAGCGGAGAGCUAUGGAGGACGCGGUGACCGUUGCGAUCGGUGAGAUUAAGGGCUAUGAUUUUUUCGCUGUGUAUGAUGGGCACGGUGGGGCCAAGACAGCGAACAAGUGUAGAGAAAGGUUGCAUGUGAUAAUACGGGAAGAGCUGAAGGGGAGAAAUAUCUGUAAGGGCGGGGGGUUUGAGUACUGGGAGGACCUGAUGACGGCGUCUUUUAUGAAGAUGGAUGAGGAAGUGAGUGUCGGUGGUGAGAAGGAAGGACCGGCGGCCGCUGAAAUGAGGACUAUGGGGUCCACCGCGGUGGUGGUGAUGGUGGGAAAGGAUGAAUUGGUGGUGGCUAACUGUGGGGACUCCAGGGCUGUGUUGUGCCGUGGUGGCGUGGCAGUGCCAUUAUCCCGUGAUCAUAAGCCCGACAGGCCUGAUGAGACGGAAAGGGUGGAAGCCGCCGGAGGUAGGAUCAUAAAUUGGAAUGGUAGCCGCGUUCUAGGAGUUCUUGCUACUUCAAGGUCAAUAGGAGAUGAGUAUAUGAAGCCAUAUGUGAUCUCUGAGCCUGAGGUCACUGUGAAUGAGCGAAUGGAGUCAGACGACUUCCUCAUAAUAGCAUCUGAUGGAUUAUGGGAUGUUGUGACUAAUGAAUUUGCCUGUGAAGUUGUAAGAAGAUGUCUUAACGGCCAAUUAAGGGUGAGGUUUUCAGAGGAUUGUAUUGGAACUUCUGCUGCAGAGGCAUCAACAUUUUUGGCCGAGCUGGCUAUGGCUCGAGGCAGCAAAGACAAUAUCAGUGUCAUAGUAGUUGUGCUCAAAAGCUCGAGCUAAGUUCUUUGUCCUUUGCUUUGAUGUUGUAUUGUUAAAAGGGUUGCUGGAUAAUUGUACAGAUAACUUAAAAUCAUCUUGAAAAGUUUGUUUAUUCGUUUUUGUAUUA